CGUCUAUUUGGAAGCUUUAUGUACAACCUCGUGCACCCUGUGAUUUCCGGUUUGAUUAAGAUUUUUACAUCAGGAUUCCGGAGGAAGAUGAUCUGGAAUUUUGUUGGUCUUUUCGGCUGCUUUCGAGGAAAAGAAGACACAGCCGGAGAUCCUGGACCAGAAGAGCCGGAGAAGAUCCUUGAGCGCCCUCAAUCUCCUGUGGAACCGCAAACAGGCAGCGACGAAGUAAAACCAAAACGUGUGUUUUGUUUGAUCUGUAAAGGGAAUGGCGACCACGAAACUAUAAAUUGCCCGGACAAAUCAGAGGGAUAUGUAACCCUUUGUAGGAUUUGUGAUGACGGUCCAUGUGAAAAUGAGGAUGAUCCAGACCACAAGGAAGAACAUUAUGAAUAUCUCAUGCUUUGUGACUGUUGUGGAGCUAUCGGUAGACACUGGGAAGAUACCUGCUCUAGGAAUUGCAGCGAUAACGAUUGCGACUUUGAUCCUCCUUCUUGGCUCCAAUAAGGCCAAUACCACCUUAGCUAGCUCCUCUUGGAUUAUUUAUUUAGUUUAGAUCUACCAAAUUCGUAAAUCAAUUGUACGACGUUGGCUUCAAUUUCAAAUCUGCUAUUAG